GUAAAACACGUGUGGACCUUUUACAGCACAAAAUGGCUGCCUGCAGUAUAGAAGACGUGCUAGCGAAAGCAGAAAAAGAUGAAGCUGAGCGACUUAAAAGCAUUACGGUUCAGAAAGAAUUGGAUCUUGAGUUUGACACGGGUAAUCUUUUGGCAUUCGACAAGAAUCGCGUAGAUGUACGCGAUUUCAAAAGCACGAGUAAGGAAGAGUUCCUACGAUCACUUGCCCGGGACAACACGCAGCUCUUCAUCAACGAGGUCUGGAAGCGUCCUACAGAGAGAAUUGAAGAUGUUAUUGUUGUCAAACUUCCAGAAGCAACCACACCAUUGCCAAGGGAAAAGCCUCCACCUAAACCCAAAGCCCCUACAAAAUGGGAAGAGUUUGCGAAGUUGAAAGGAAUUCAAAAGAAGAAGAAAACCAACUUGGUAUGGGACGAGGUACACAAGGAAUGGAAGAGACGCUGGGGCUACCAACGUGCUAAAGAUGACACUAAAGAGUGGCUUAUUGAAGUUCCCGUGAAUGCCGACCCAAACGAGGAUCAGUUCGCUAAACGCAAUAAUGCCAAAAAGGAGAGAGUAGCGAAGAAUGAGUUCAAUCGUUUGAAGAACAUCGCCAGGGCCCAAAAGCUACCAACACCAGGAGGGGGGCUCGUCCCCACCGCCCAGCAGUCCAAAGCUGAACUGACGCAAGCCAUCAAUGUCGCCAAGGCUUCCACGGCUUCUGCUGGGAAAUUUCAGGAGAGUUUACCGAAGGAGAAAGCGCCCAGAAACACCGGUAAAAAGAGGAAAUUCCAGCCUCUUAUAGGGGACUUCACCGAUGAAAGGCAAAAACAACUGGAUAUUUUGAAAGUGUUGGGCAGCAAAAAGCCCCGUAUUGACAUGACCAAAGCCGUAAAUAAACAAAUGAGAGAGGAUGAUCGGGAAUCUGCGUCAAAUGCAAGGAAAGGACCGGGAAAGAAGGGGAGAAAGGGCAACAUGCCGGGUAAAGGAAGAGGGGGCUUCAAAGGAAAAGGGGGCUUCUCUGGAAAAGAGGGCUUCUCUGGAAAAGGGGGCUUCUCUGGAAAAGGGGGCUUCUCUGGAAAGGGUAAAGGCAGGGGAAGAGGUAAACCACCUAAAGGCCAACAACAGAAUCCACGAUCUAAACCUGGCAAACGCUGAGACUGAACUUUACCCUCACUGUCAUGGCCCGCUCCUUGCAUGUGCGUUAACCACGUGUUAAACGGCACAGCCCCGAUCCUAUUCCUCGUGUGUGUUUGUCAUGUCACUUUGUUGUUGGAUUGACCGUAAGGAGAACGUGGACAAUUUCAUUUGGCCUUUAAUUUCUUUAUCUGUAGACAUUACUGAAGUGUAAAUGUGUGGUCUAUGAAUGGCUCUGUCUUGAUUCACUGUGGGUCAAACAAUGUUAUGUUUUUGUGAAAUAAAAUCAAUUCACAGUU